AUGGGGCUUCUCAGCUUCCUGACUAGGAAAUCCACCAGUGAUCGAGUCCCGGGACGCUUGAUCAAGACCCAGGCCUACGACGCAACAGUUGCCGCCCAUCCGCCGGUCCGAGGGACGUACCCUGUCGCGGGCAAUGGACCGAAUCUUCUCGACAAGCUGCAACAGGCAGCUAAGAAACGAAGCACAGCGCAGCUUCCCGUCGCUGUCCCAAGCACAGUCGACACUCUCAACGAUUUCGAUACCUUCGACAGUUACACGGCGCCAUCGCCUCAGAUACCUCGAUCUAGAGAUUCCUUCAUUGGGAGACCGACUACUGCGCCCGGACCUGGAUUGAAACCGCGUUCCAAAUCUUUGAACCGGAGUUCUCGAGGUAGCAGCCCGACUGUGGCUCUUCGCCCCGACAGCGAUUUUAUUCAGAAAGAGCUACUCCCACCCGUCCCAUCUAUCCCACCGCAACACCGCCGCCGCCGGAGCUCCCUCGACUCGGCCAACCGAUUCAUUGAUAUUCUCGACGCCCAAGGCGAGUUUAAGCCAUACAAUUUUCGAUCCCGAGUUGAAGCAGCGGGCGCCCGCGAAUAUGGUGAGGAUGUUGCCGAUCGUAACAUUGGCGUGAAUAGUCACGACUUGAGUAACCCCGCCGUCCAAGCCUUCUAUGCUGGCUCCCAAGGCACUUAUUUCGACGAGAGCGCACCAGCUCCAGCCAUUUCUACCGGAGGAUACAGCAAAAGCGAACGAUCAAUUCGGCGAUCGAGGAAGAAGAGUGCGACAUCUCUCGCCAAGACAGCCGACAUAUCUGCGUGGAACUCCUUUUCCGAGUGCCACGAGGUUGACAUGUUGCGGCCUGAAUAUCCUGAAUAUCCUCGCGGCCGGCGAAUUGAAAGACGCGCAGAAUUGUAUUACGCAAAUGCUGGCAACGAUGGGUCUUCACUCGUGGAGGAUCGGCGCAAGUCCUUCCACACAUUUGCCCCUCGAUCGACAGAGCAGUCAAGGCCCAGACCUUUGAGCCUACGUCCGUCCAAGGCCAGUUUCCACGAUGACGAGUUGUAUCUACCGCCGAUGCCCCGCUUACGCCCAAAGACGAGUGGAGAGAGAUCGGAGGUGCACUCGAUUGGAACUCUCGAUGUGCAAAGCAUGGUUGAUGAAGCUUUUGACGAACCGGCGCCAUUUCCCAGUAUGCAUACCAUCACGACGCCACAGACGAAGACUAAUCUCGGAGUUGCAGGCAUCCCGGGACGCCCCAGACAUAAUCGGCGUCGAUCACGAUCGGAGAGCUAUGACUGGCAGGCUCAGUCUAAACACCGAGAGCCCACUCUCGCACUCUCACGCCCUUCUAGCUCAUCCUCCAUUGAUCCCUCCCGUCCUCGAACUGGCUCCCAGGGUGGCUCGUCACUCCAACAACGGCACCGACUGGAUGACAUCACCGAGCACAUUCCCGUGAGGACUUCCUCGCUAGGUCUCAAUUCUCAGCCAUGCUUUACCCCGACGACUGUGUCAUCAGUCUACUCCAGCAAUGCUGCAUUCACUAAGCCACGCAGCCAGCAUACGCCUAGUACCUCAGUCGACGCUUCCAUGGCAGGUUUGUCUGAAACAUUGGUCUACGACCACGAGUUGAGCCCCAGCGUGUCCAGUGUAAGACAUCAGAGCCCAGCACACCAUGCCGCAGAGGACGAUUUCGGUCUUGACGCACUGGGAGUGCCACGGAGCAAGAUCCAAAAUCAAUCUCGCGUGGAAUAUCAGGAUCUGCCUAUUGGCGAUAGCCUGCUCAUGAGCAACUACAUAUCCGGGUUCACUGACGACUCAGAUGUUGACUCUUUCGUCGGGACUCGGGGACGUACUGGUGGAGAGGAAGAACUUCUUUUCAACGAAGGCAUAUACAGGGCCUCAGGGGGUCUUCCAGGCUUGUUUGACUCGUUCCCUAGCCAGAAGGUCCCAGCCCUAUUGCCUAACCAGAGGUCAACGAGGCCAACCUCCAUGAGCAGCCACAAGCCUGUACAGAAGAAGCGCCAGGACCACCCAAGACCGCGAUCCGUUCAAACACGGCCCCCAUCGCGAUCUCACAAGAGUUACGAAUCACAGCACGAAUUUACCAUUGACGCUGGAGACUUGGAUGCCUUUUUAGAGUUGCAGCAUGAGUUUCUCCGAAGCGCGGGUCCUAUGAUGGCAGCCAUUGGCGCCGACGACAGACAUGGAAGGCGGAGCAAGUACGAGUUCGACGAUGAUGAUGAAGACAAGGUUGAUAUCCAGACGGCGACGCGAAUAAGGAAAGAUUUGAAGAAGACGGAUACAACAAGAUCUUUGCGGAGUCGUCGAUCAAGGUCAACCAUGUACCAACGCCGAAGGGAGGAGGAGUCGGGUCACGCAGCCGAUACCGAAGACUGA